CAAGUAAUCUCUACACCCAACGUGGGGCUUGAACUCACAACCCCGAGAUCAAGAGUUGCAUCCUCCUCUGACUGAGCCAGCCAGGUGCCCCAGGAACUUGUGUUUUAUUUAAAAGCCUACCUAUCACUUUCUCCGUGUUACAAAAACUAAAUUCAUUUUGUAGGAGAAAUGAAUUCAGUAAAACCAUUUAUCUUUUUUAUCCUAUACAUGUAUAUGAAUCUGUACAUUUUUCUAAUGAUGUUAUAACAUUUGUUUUCCUUUAUUUGUCCAGACAUUCAUCACAACUUUUUUCAGUCUUCAUAUAAAAAAAUAUUUGGUUUUUCAUAUAUCAUAUUAAUUAUUUUUUUUAAGACUUUGUUUAAAGACAUAGCAUAUUGACUGCAUAUGUCCAUCUAUGCAUACAUAUUUUUUAAGUGUGUUUUUUAAAAAAAAUUUUUACUUUUCAAAAGACUAAGCCUUGAACAGGCAUUUCAUGUAAUAGUAACCGUAUAAUCAAUCUUUACUGAAAAUAGUGCUUAAUAUCUAGUGGGUAUUUGAUAAUAUUUGUAUAAUAAAUGAGUGAUGCCAUGCCCAAUGCUUUAUUCAUUUAAUAUAUAGACAUAUACAUAGUAUAUAUUUUUCUCCUUUUGCACCUCCCAGAUUACUUGGCCUGCUAUGGAAUUUGCCAUCCGUGUUGAUGUUGGUGCAGAUUUAAAAAUGGAUGCUAUGGCAGUGUUGUUUGACCAAGAUCCGCAUUAAGGAAGGCAUUUUAUGCUGUGACCUAAGACACACAUAGAAAUGACAUUUCCACGAAGGAGUACUUAGCCUAGUAUGCUUAAUGCACUUCCGAUAUUUUCUAAUCUAUUAAAUUUUACUUCUUUUUUUUUUCUUUUCCUCUUCAAUUGCUGAUCUGGACCUUCUAAGUUGAUUUCUUGAGUAACUGAUGGGUUAAGGGGAAAACACUGUUCUAGAACAAACUAUGCCCAAAUAUGUGACCAUGAUGUAUUACUACUGUAUUUUGUGCAAGGUGAACCUCAGUGUUGUGUGCAAAAAGGUUUGAUGAACUGAGGAGCAGUGGCAGCUCACCUGUUGACAACCAAUAUAAUCCCCUAAUGGCUGCUGGAGAGAGUCCUGUGGAAACCUUAGCCACAUAUAUCAAAUCAUCACUUCUUGACAUGCAGGGAGAAUUUCAGGAAACUCCAGUUGGUCAAGAUGCAGUUUCCAAAACAGGAAGACAUAGUAUAGCUUCCACAAGGAAUUGUUCUUCAGAAAGUGAAAAUUGUACUACUCGUAAUGGUGGAGAAAAGACUGAAGAAUCUGAAGGGCCAAACAUGGUGAUCCAUGUAUGUGAUGAAGCAAAAAACUUGAAAGAAGAUUUUAUUUGCCCACGAGAUCUUUUGAUAGCAGAAAUGAAGUACUUUGCUGAAUAUUUAUCUAUGGAUGCCCAGCGCUGGGAAGAGGUGGACAUUUCAGUUCAUUGUGACGUUCACAUUUUCAACUGGUUGAUAAGAUAUGUUAAAAGGAACACUAAGGAGAAUAAAGAUUGUGAGAUGCCCACUUUAGAGCCAGGAAAUGUCAUUUCAAUUCUUAUUUCUUCAGAGUUUUUGAAAAUGGAUUCAUUGGUUGAGCAAUGUAUUCAGUAUUGCCACAAGAAUAUGAAUGCCAUAGUUGCUACCCCAUGCAACAUGAACUGUAUUAAUGCAAAUCUUCUCACACGUAUAGCUGACCUGUUCACACAUAAUGAAGUUGAUGAUUUAAAGGACAAGAAAGAUAAGUUUAGGAGUAAACUUUUUUGUAAGAAGAUUGAAAGACUUUUUGAUCCUGAGUACUUGAACCCAGAUUCUCGGAAUAAUGCAGCGACAUUAUACAGAUGCUGUUUGUGUAAGAAACUUUUAACAAAAGAAACAGAAAGAAGAAUUCCUUGCAUUCCUGGAAAAAUCAAUGUGGAUCAACAUGGAAAUAUUAUCUACAUUCACAUAAGGGAUAAAACUUGGGAUGUUCAUGAGUAUUUGAAUAGUCUUUUUGAAGAAUUAAAAUCUUGGAGAGAUGUAUAUUGGCGCUUGUGGGGAACAGUCAACUGGCUAACUUGUUCAAGAUGUUAUCAGGCUUUUCUCUGUAUAGAAUUUUCACAUUGUCAGUAUCACUCAGAAACGGUGGUUUAUCCAACUGCAGCAAGUUCACUGAGUACUGUUGGCACUGGUAUUUAUCCCUGUUGUAACCAAAAGGUUCUUCGGUUUGAUCCCACUCAGCUAACAAAGGGUUGUAAAGUGAAGGACCAUGUAGUUGCUCUUCAUGAUCAAAGUGAAGGCGGAGAUUUGCUGUCGUGUCCAACCACUAGAAUACUGGACGAUCUGCACAAACACAAAGAUGUCAUUGUUGUGCCUUUUUCUAAAGAUACAGUUAGUGAUUCUGGGGUUGGUCCCUGUGAUGAAAAGGGUCUAGACUGUGAUGUUUUAUUGGAGCCAAAUACACCAUGGGGCCCCAAAAGUGGGGAGCUCAAUGCUUUUUUGUCAUUGAAAAACUGGACUCUGCAACUGAAACAACAAUCAUUAUUUUCGGAAGAAGAAGAAUAUACCACUGGAUCUGAGGUCACUGAAGAUGAAGUUGGAGAUGAAGAAGAAAUAUCCAAGAAACAAAGGAAAAAGGAAAAGCCAAAGAAGUUCACAAAACAACCAAAAAAGCAGAUGUCUUCACCCUGUGGUCAGAAGAAAGAAAAGGUGUUAGAGAAGUCAACUUCUAGAGAUGUGUCUCCUUUCAUCGUGAGUAUGCAGAAGAAUAAAUGGGAUGCCACAAGAUCCUUGAGAUUCAACCAGGAUGCACAAAGGGAAGAUGAUCAGCGGCGGAUGUCCGAAAUUACAGGGCACCUAAUAAAGAUGAGAUUGGGUGAUCUGGACCGUGUCAAGUCAAAGGAAGCAAAAGAAUUUGCAGGAGGUAUUUAUUCCAGACUUGAAGCGCAAAUUAAGGCCUCAGUGCCAGUCACUGCCCGGCAAAGCAGCUCAGAAAAAAACACAAGGUCUAAAAGCCGUUUUGGUCCAGGGCGUCCUGCAUAAAGCAUCUUAACUACAACUAAAAAGAAGACACACCUCUGGACAUCUGAAAUUACUCACUUCUUGAAGAUCUUCAGAACAGUGACUUCUAAAUGUUUUAUUUAUUAUUCUUGCAAGCCACAUAAAUCAUAAUGCUAAGGGAAAUGUAUAGUUAGGUCUUUUGAAACCUAAUUGUAAAUAUGAAACUUCUUAAAUCUGACUUUCUUUUAAUGUGAGGCUAUGUAGAAAAUCAGUAUUUACAGAUUUGCAUAGUUAAGACUCCUAAUAUUUGUUAUCCUUUAUUUAUUUGAAAGAGAGGAGGCCUCAACUCUCAAGUAGCUAAGACUUUUUAAGACCUUAAUAAAUUAAGGGAACACAGCUGGUGAUGGUACUGUGCAUGUGCACUGAUUAUAGUAUGCCUUUUGAGCUGUAACUCUUGGGAUAGCAUUGAGAACUGCAAUCUGUGUAAUGAAACUCCCAGGGAUGCUAAUUUUAAGUUUGCAUGAAUAUUAAGGAGUGACAGGUCUCAAGCCUAUAUUAAAUAAAGUUUCAAGGUGUGAUGUAUUCCCUGUGUUGGGCAAGAGGGUUUUUUUUCAGCAUUAAUCCAUGGAAAGCACAAUGUUCAUCCAACUUGUUUUUCUUUCAGUUUUUAAUGCUUAUCUAUUGGUUAUCUGAUCUGGAAUUACUGAUUAUUCCUUUUCCUCUGUGAAGCCAGUGCCAUUCCGAAUUUAUUAAAAUAACUUGAUAGUUUUAGGAUAGUAAAUCAUUUUAGUUGUUUAAAACACCCAGUGCGCAGUUCUCAGGGCUCUAAAACCCAACCAUAUUUCUAAAGCCAUUCGAAUAGCCCCAUUAAACAGUUACAAUUACUUACUACUUUAGCAGUGUCUAGAAGGAAACAUUCCCAAAUGCAUUUGAUGGGUGAAAAAUGCUGUGCAUUCAGUAGAAAUCAAGCUAAAUUCUAUUAUAUAGAUCAUGUUUUAAUUUUUCUAGCCAAGCAGAAAGAGUGCUCAGGGAAAAUUUGUUCCAAACUAUAAGCAUAAAAAAUUAUGUGUUUGGAAAUCACAUAUAGGCCUCUGAAAAACUUAUAAAAUUCACUGUUUCUAUUUGUAGUCUUCAUUGUCUUAUAAUUGGAAUUUCUUCAAAUUAUUUAGAGAACAGAUUUUGAUAAUGUGUGACAGAAUGGCAGUUUCCAUUGAAAUGUUGAAGUGUUAAACUCCGUUAACACAUACAGAAAUCAUUUUUAGGGACUAUUUUAGUUAGUAAAUGCAGCUAGAUGUUAUUUGAUGCUAUAGGUAUGGCUUUUCCAAGGUUUUUGAAUUUAUGUUUGGAAAUUUUGUUCCAGUUUAUGUAUCUUUCAAUUGUUUGAUGUUUUUGAAAUAGAUUAUAAAAUUUUUAUUUUCAAAAGAAAAUGUUUUCUAGUACAUGGUCUAUAAGCUCUGUUAAAUACCACAGUCUUGUUUCUUUUACUGUAUUCUCUGAUUAAAAGGAUUUAGGCCUGUACAGGUUAUAUAGUGCUGUGAUGGUCACAACUGAAAGAAGUAUGCUCUUUAGAUUUUUAACUGAUGAUAAAAAGGCAAAUUGCUUUUCCCCUGGGAGGACUGUACCAGUGGAUUGAUUUUUUACAAACCAGAAUUUAUCAGAAUUUGAUUUUCUUCAGAAUAGGCUUUUUAUUUUAUAAACAUCUGUAAUACAUAGCACAGGUACCACAAACAUUUUAAUCAAACUGUUAAUAGUAUUUCUUUACCAAAUACUUUGGAAAGGUUUUAUCUUACAUUAAUUCUGAAUUUACAUUCCUUUAAUUGAAAUAAAUGUUAAUGACAAAAAUGG